GCCAUAUGCGGUGGACCAUUUGUCAGCCCGCUCACAAAGGCCAAUAAUCUCGCGUGACACGUGUGCCUCUCCCCCGAGUAAAAAGCGUUACGUGUCGCGCCGCGUUCGUGGAAAAGUUCGUUUUCCCGCAUCGCGCGACACAGAAAUCUCACGAGCGUCCUUCGGUACGGAUUAUUGACGGGACGCGCGAUCCUGUGCGAAUAAUCGCAGUGCGUAAGAAUCGCUCUUUUUUUUAAUCGUCUUCCAAUAUAUUAAAUAUGUAAAUUCGAUUCAAACGUUUCGAAGAAGUGGUUAUCUGGUUAUCUCUCGAUCUCGGAGCAGAUUAAUCGGGAUUUAAAUUUGACAGAUUCGCGAAAUGUUUCCGCUAUUCUGCAGUUCGGUCCGAAACACGUGGUGCUCGCCGACGAAGAAGUUGCAAGGAAUUUAAAGUAUCUUGCGAUUCGAAAUACAUAAGACGCACCUCUCGACAGUCGCCUUUUAUGAAGGGCGGUGGGCCUUCACGAUGAAGAGCGGAAAAUGAGUAAAAUCGUAGGACGAGAGGGUGCAGGGAGGACGUGAAGUGGGACAAACUGCGGCGAAGAUGAGAUACGAAACUGCGCUGUACCUGCUCUCGUUGCUGAUCCUGUCGCUCAAUGAUCCUUCGUGGGCUUCCGCCGAGAUCAGAGGAUGUAAUCGCACUAUCAGAAAUUCGGUCGGCUGGAUUCGCUGGACAGGACGAAUGGGACGAUGCAUUGUGCGAAUCAGAGCGCCAAUAAGAGAUCCACAGGUGAUCGAGGUGAAGGUCAGGAGAUUACAGGUGGGUUUUCUGAAGGAGGCUCGAUGCGAGGGGGCGUAUUUUCAGUUCUCGGACAGCGCGGACGAUCCUGACGACGAGGCAGGUCGAUAUUGCGGCCACGUGACCGGGAAUGUUACGAGGCUGUUUCUGCGACGUGGCCCGGAUCUGACCAUCACCCUGUCGUCGGAUGCGCAUUUCGCGUCGGCGAACCCGGUCAUCUUCUCCGCUCAAUUUUCCAUCCUGCCGGCGCGCCUCGCGAUCGAACGUCAUCGCGGUUACUCAGCGUCCUCGUCGCCCACGUGUCCCAUGGAGUGCACCGUGCGCAACGAGCGGAGGUCCUGCAGACUGACCUCGCCGGGUUAUCCCAGCGUCUACCCACGUGGAAUUAGAUGCCGAAUCGCUUUGGAGUCGAGCGCCGGCCGCUUCAGGAUAGGCGGUCAGCCGGAGGACCUCUUCGACUUGAUGAACUACAGCGAUCAAGAGAGUUGUCAGAUGGAAGAUUGCGAGGACUCCGGAGAGGGAUACGCUCGAUCGUCGUUCUCGGCACUCGCGAGGGUAGCGAGGAGUCGGUAUCGUUUCCUAGAGGAUGAAUCUAUUAUCGGGGACGAUCGAUCGAGGAAGGAAGACGACUGUCGAACGAGACGCGGCGCGGAAACGAAUAGACAAUUAACGAGGCGGAGGCACUACGAGAAGAAAGCGACACGGUGGUACGGAGACAGGCAAUAUCAUCACAAAGAGCCGAAUAGGCCAGGCACGAGCGAGCCUUCGAGACUUCGCAUAAAAUCAAUGCGUUCGAAGAUAACGAGGCAGGACCAGCGGAGGGUCGCCCCGAACCGUUAUCUCAAUGGUGACUCUGAAAGGCCGAAUGAGACGUUCGGUAGCACGACGAUACUCAAGUACAAAUAUCCCGGAGAGGACCGGUCGUCGGAGAAUGUCACGUGUGACGGCGGCGACUACCUCGCGCUGCUGGAAAACGUGAACGGGAAGGUCCUCGAGAUCUCCAAGUUCUGCGGCAGCGGCCGAGUGCCGCGCAUCUAUUCGCGCGGGAGGAACGUAAUCCUGGAGUUUUUUGCCCGGAAGGACGGCACCGUGACGCACGACGGUUUCCAAGUGACCCUGCAGGAAGAGCGCGUCUCGCAAGAAACGAAACACGCGAGAUGCGAGUUCGUGUACAGGAGCUCCCGGCGUAACAGCAGGGAGAACAUCAGGUCCCCGCGGAGCUGGUAUCCGCCUAAUACCGUAUGCACUUACAAGUUUCUCGGUAGAACUACGGAAAGGGUCUCCGUUCACAUAAAGAUUCUCAGAAACGAGCUUGAGCACGAAAAAUCCGAGACCAAGCGAAACUUUAGCCUCAACCAUUGCCCAGGGAAUGAAAUCACUGUUUAUAACGGAGGGCAGGUGAACGGCAGCUUCCUGAUGUGGUCCUAUUGCGAUGUAUCUCACUGGGACAUCAACAACAUUCAAGUACCUUUGACGUCUAGUGGAAACGAAUUAUUGAUCCAGUACUACAGCGCCAAAGGGUCCUAUGAUGGUCAGGGAUUCACUUACGCUGUGUCCUACCGAUUUGUCAAAAAGGAGCAAAACUACACCGGUAUGAAGCGCAAAUAUAAAUCGAUCUCGUUGAGGCCCGUCAAUCUAUCUACUCUCAACCUCAAUGACACCGAUGCCGAUUACGAAUGCGACAAUAGAAUCGGGACGUUCAAAAAUUGGUUCGCGGUACUGAUGGUCUUUGGAGUGGUGUCCUUCGUCGGGGCUGUUGUCACGAUAGUCACCCUAACAGCCAAAUGCUUGAAGAUCAGAUCGGCCGAGAAGAAACUCUUGCAAAAUACAAAACAAUAAAAUCGAAAGGUUUCACGUUUUCCUUCUCCCUCUCUCUUUCUCUCGCCCUCCACCGAUUAAUAAUGCAACUAAAAGCGAUCUCAGGAAUUCGUUUGAGAGACGGAGAUACUGGAAAUCUUGAAACUUGAAAUCUCGCGUUGAAAUGGCAAAAAUAAAAUCCACUGAGGUCCCACCGAGACUUGAACUCGGAUCGCUGGAUUCAGAGUCCAGAGUGCUAACCAUUACACCAUGGGACCUUGGUACUUUUUCUACGAACAAUUAAAUGGCACAUGUAAAUAUUUGCGAAAAAAAUAUCACGAGAAGCUAUCGAGAGGCGAUUAGACGCGUCAACGACUCUCGAUAAAGAGACCAAUGUAAUAUCGUGUCAAGGUUUUCUUGACAUAUAUCACGACAAAAAAAACUUCCCUCUUCCUGAUAAAUGCA